AGUGCGAUCUACAGUGGAGAAAACUACAGCUUGUCGCCGAGUCACUGUGAUUAUUACAAAACACAGAAAAUGUUAUUUGCUUCCGUUGAUUCUGCUUUAAAAAACGUUUAGACGAUCAAAGGAUGAAUAUUUACCGGUAAUUUACGCCUUGAAACCUUUCUAGUCGAGCUGAUAAUGCUUAAAAUGAAGCUGCCCAUGAGAACGGCGGAGGCAGGAGGAGACGACACGGCCGAGGAACAGCCUGAUCUCCAUAUUCCAAGAUCGGUCUCCGACAAGCUCGAAGGUUCCUCCAGACACCCAGGAUAUCCAUCUCAAUUGGAUAAAGAGGACGUUUUCGAAUGGUUUGGUUUGCAUUUAAAUCCUGCCAAGCGGAUCGAGUUUAUGUGCGGACUGCUGCAUAUGUGCCAGCCACUUGAGCUCCGGUUUUUGGGCUCCUGUCUGGAAGACCUGGCUCGGAAAGAUAACCACGUUCUACGGGAUGUCGAGAUAAGGGCCAACAAUCCGAAUGAUCUGGCCAUUUUAUCAGAUGUUAUCGACCCUGUCGUGCGCUCCAAACUGCUGGUCUGCUUGUCUCUUCUGGGAUCUGACAGCAGGGAGUGUGCGGGAAUACUAUUUAGGAUAUUGAGCCAUGUGGAUCCCUCCUUGUUAUUCAAAAACUAUGGCUAUUCUGUUUCGCCCUUCAAGGACUCUCAACAUCACCCGUUCUAUUCUCCGUGUGUGGACGGGAAAGCGUUCGGGAGAACAGAACAGAAUUGCGGGCUUCCAAUGGAGGCAGUGAUCGGACCCUUGGAACAGUUGGCGCUGCUUUUUACUAUGGCCUCCUUGCAUCCAGCGUUCCCUUUUCAUCAAAGAGAAAAAGUUCUAGAACAGCUGGACAAAAUUCAACUUGCUAUAGAGGACGAGAGACAGCAGAAUCAGCGCAGAAUAAACGCCCAGCACAACAAGGCCCAGAAAGCAGAGGAGCAUGGCCCAGCAGCAGUCACCAUCGAGGCCAGUCUGGGUGAGAGGACGCAGGCACAGGCUCGCCACGCCAGCCAGACACCCCCCAGCAGAAGGGCCCAAAGGGAAGCCGUGCAUGUAGAGAAGAUCGUGUUGAAGGGGAUCUUACGGAGGAGGACAGACAGGGAAUACAAUUUUGUGGUAACGUGGUCCGACUCCUCAUCCAGCAAUGUCACCAAAACACAUCUUGAACUGGAAAGCUUCUUGCUGAAGCUUCCGAAGGAGCAGUCCACCGAGUCGUUUGAAAAGGGCAUCCUCCGGCUACUCAACCAGGGAGACCAGUACGAGAUCAGGGAAGUGGAGGGGAACCUCAAGGAGAAGUUUCUGUCGGCUCCACAAGCUUUCCGACAGACAAGCAAGGUCUGUGGCUUCUUCCUGUGUGAGUCCUCCUCCUCCAGCCCCAGCUGCGGCAGAUUUAACCCUGUGGCCCUAGGGAAGCCAUACAAAGAGGACUGCUCAGAGGCAUCCAGCCAGGAGGAAGGUGUGUAUUUGGAGCCGUACGUUCAGGGGCACCGGAAGAAACAUGGCAGCAAGAGCCCCAGCCUUAACAUUCCCAAUGCCAAAAGUUCCCAGGGGGAGAGCAGUCAGAGGGGGCCCCACGGCUCGGAGCACAACGGCCUGCCAGACUGGAGGAGGAAGAGCUGUACGCUCAAACCCAACCAAGACACCUCUGGGGGGCUGGGCCCAGAGCAGAAUCAGGACAGUGAGAAGAGGAGCAGCCACCCUGCCACCAAGAGCAAGCCACGAGCACUGGGACCAGACAGGGAAAAGGGGAAGAAAGGAGAAGGAAGAGUGGCCUACUUGACGAACGGGAGCAUAGUGCCUCUGGCUUCUCAGCGAACGCGACAAUCGUCAGGGAAAGGUUGUGUGUGUCCAGACGGUCAUCUAGUCGGAGGCUCCAGUCAGGACGUGUACGGAGACACUUCGUCUGAGAGCUACAGCUCCCCCUCCAGCCCCCAGCACGAUGGACCAGAGAGCCUGGACAGCGAGGAUGAGAAGGACAAAGAUACAGAUAGUCACUCAGACAACUCCAGCAGCCAGGGUAGAGGGGACACCUUCUUCCCCUGCCAGGAGGUUGCAGGGGGGGGCUUGCCCACCAUCCACCCCCUGGCCUCUGCCAAGCCUGCUGGGGAGCCCCUCUGCCCCGAGACCAUCUCCAACUUUCCCCCCAUCACCUUUAUGCAACCCCUGCCCUACAUACUGCCCAACGGAGCACUGCCCGCCGAUGCCUCUCUGCCAGUCCUGCCUCCUCCUCAGGUGGCAGCGGCCCUGGUAGACAACAAGGUUGUGGGAGGACUGAUCAUGCAGGUGCCCUUGGUCCUCCGAGAGCCCAUGCCCACCCCAGUGCCAGUUCCUGUGCCAGGGGACACAGAAAAGAGGGAUGCCCUUGCUGCAGUGCCCGUGCUGCUUCCAGGGUUUGGCUCCCCCACCCUGGGAUUACACCCCCCUGGCAGCCCUGCCCUGCAGCCCCUGAUCCAGCGCUUCAAAACGGCCCCUCAUAAGGCAACUGUCACUUCCGAGGGUGUCACGGCCUCCUCUGCCCACCACCCCCUGGUUGGAGCCAUCAGCGUUAUCGCCCCCGGCCCACCCUACGCCUCACCCCUGCAGCCAGCCUACCCCGACCCUGCCGCAAACCCCCUAACACCCUCUGUACCCACCCCCUCUGUACCCCUAGGGGAGCCUAGCAUCCCUCACGCCAAGCACCCGGGCAUGGCUCUUCCCUCAGGCUUGCCUUCUCCAUACACCAUGCCCCCCAUCCCCACCUCCAUCAUGGCAACGCUGGGGGCAGGGGUAGCCGGAAUAGGGGUAGUGCCCACAGCUGGACAGGUUCAAGCGGUGGUGCCCCCAUCCGUGCCUACCCACAACCCCGGUCCUGUGCCCAGCCCCAGCCCUGCCCUCACCCACAGCACGGCACAGAGCGACUCCACCUCCUACAUCAACAGCACCAGCUGUGCCAGUAACCUCGUCUCCCAGCAACAAGUGCAACCACCACAACAACAACAGCAGCAACAACAGCAGCAGCAGCAGACUCCCCAGCAACAGCCCAUGUGCUGCGGGGCAUGCGGUUGCCGGGGAGGCUGCGGCACCAGCAACAACAGCCACACAGCGCCUUCAUUCUUCUUCCCCCACCAGAUGCCGCCGCGGCAGGUGUUCGGUGUGCCGCCCAUCUUCCAGCUGACAUCCCUGUGUAACAGCAGCUACCUCAGUCAGCCUCCCCUACAGAGCAACGGCCAGGCCCAGCUACCCUUCUUUCCAUCCGCCCCGGCCCCCUAUGCCAGCCAGACCCUGCUGCACACGCACCCCCACUCUCACUCUGACCACCUACUGGGCACACAGCAAGGCUACAGCCUCCAGCAGAUGGCACCCUACAACCGCUUCUACCCGCACAUUUACCCCUCCAGUGUAGGCAUGGUGCCCGGGGCGGGAGGCGGAGGUGCACUGGGGGUAGCAGUCGGCGUCAACAAGAAGAACGCCAACGUCUCGUGCUACAACUGUGGGGUCAGUGGCCACUACGCACAGGACUGCAUACAGCCCUCCAUUGACUCGACACAGCAAGGUAAUAACGCCACCGCCAGGGGCAGGGUGGAGCGGGGAGGGGCGGCCGCUGGCCUCUUCGGACGGCCCCCUCCGCCCCCCCUGCAGCACUUCACCCCCAAGUAGAGGUCAGCCCUCAGGACUGAUCCCACCCCUCUUGAUCUCUCUCUUACACACCAGUGCCCUACACCCACCCACACAGAGGGCACCCUUGAUCAAGCAUGGGAAGGCACACCUUUGCAGUAACCUUCCUCACCCCCUAUCCCCCAAAAACAGACUAUUAGCCACCUUCAUUUCCAUUUUCAGGACUUAUUUAGAGCCAGGAGCUGCUGUAAAGGGCUCUCUCAUCUCAGGAGACCUGUGGACAUUUCUCCCAAACUCUCUGUUAGCAGGGCAAAGACAAAACACAGCAGAACAGUUAAAAAUGAAAAACACAGACCAAAUGACAUGACACAUGUCACGCAGAGGAUACGAUUAGGUGCAGGUUGGGAAUUUGUAGACAUCUCAGUGGAACCUUGUCUUUUUGCUUACUUUCUCUGAGUUUAUUUUCAUCGUUUCCCGUUUCUUAUUUGUUCGACUGACGCCCACCUCUCUGUUUUUCAGGUGGCUUUCGGCUGAAGUACGCCGCCUCCCACUCUUCCGAAGCACUAGACAACGCCGACUGAAGAAGUCUUCUCGUUCCGCCAUCUUGUUUGUCACGAGCGGUCAAAGAGACCCCUCCAUUUCAAGAGAGCAUCACUCGAUGUUUCCCUGUCAUUAACCAGGUUUCCAUCCAACUUUUUUAGGCGAGUAAAGUACAUGUCGGAUAAAAAGUUAAGGACAGGCCUGAUGGAAACAGAAAAUGUGUCGGUAAACUUUCCAAAUGAUGACAAAACAAAAUACGCUAGACAAGGUGGGAUCUUUUUGUGUCGGUAAAAUGCGAUGGUAAAUGCUUUUGUGUGCAAAUAUUGAUAUAAUAACCAUCAUAUUGAAGUAAACUUGGAGUCACGCUAUGAUAUGGUGUGGUCCUCCCACUAUGACUCGGGGAAACAAUGCAGUUUAUUAGGCUACAGAUGAAAUCAUUUAUAUUGAACUUCACAGGGUGGUGAAAGUGCACGGUGAUCUUGAUGCUCCUUUCCAAUAAAUGUCAAGGGUCAGAUUCUGGUGACAGGAAUAUCGAUGUUUGACUGCCGUUUAACAAAUAAAAAGAUUCUCGCUCUUAUCCAUAAUAAUCUCUUCAUGUAGACUAGCCUACCCGCGCUGUAUCUGCGAGCUGUUGGCUAGAGCACACGUGCCAAGACCGGAGUAGUCCCAUUUUCUAUUUAACGCAACAGUUUGUGACAACUAUCAGUGGAGUUGAAAACACGAUGGAAACACAUUGAACUUUAGAUUUAUAUUUGGUACAUGAAAACUUAAGUGAAAAAGUGUACUGCGUCAUCAUGCACUGAUGUGGGAAAAUGUGCAUAUUUUCUUUAUGCAGAAUUUUUGAAUAUUCGCAUGAAUAUAUGUCGACAAUUUGAUUGAAAAAUUUAGCUAUUCUCAUUUUUAGUUUGACCUUUUUAACGAGCGUGUGCGAAGAGGGUCCUAAGUACUUGUGCCUGAGACAUCACCAACAUCCCCAUCACAGCUGAGGGUGAAGCUGUCUCGUUUCCAGAGACGCAUACCCUCCCCCCGCCUUCACCAAUCCCCCAGUGGCUUUUGGUAUUUUGCACUGAAGACUGGCACAGGACAGCAGCUCAUGUUUACUAACUUAUUUCUUAUAUUAUUAGAAAACCUUUUUUUUUUUUUUAAGACACCAUGUGUAUGGGAGCUUCGUAAAAUUAUUUUGUUCUCAGAAUACAUGGGGAUCCUGCGUGAUCUCGAUUAGAGUUUCAUAUACUUUGUCUUUUAUAACGGUAUAUUUAUACCUCAUUGUUAUUCGACUAGGAUUUGUAUUGUUUAACUGUACAGCUACAAAAGAUGAAUGCAAACCAACAAAAAAGUAAAUGUAAAAAAAAGAUAAUUUUUCUCUUUCGCUGCAGUGUUUUUGAAUGUACAUGUUUAAUUUGUUAAUGUUAAGGAAUCUGGCAGUAUCGGGGGGAAAUCUUAAAGCAUUUGCCUCUUGAUAUAAUGUGAAACGCAUAUUAAGACGUUCUUAAUCAUCAUGUCUGUCAUGUAGAAGUUAAAUGCUGCUGUGUUUUUUUAUUUUUGGUAACAUGCACUAUAGCUACCAGGAAUUCUGAAGUCUCUCACGUGCACUGAAACAGUCCUAAAUCAAACCUAGAGACAGAUGUUAUUGCAGCAGUGAAGCUCUAUACCUUGCUACACUGCUGUCCCUCCAUCCAGUAUUCUCUUGGAAAUGUUGCACUGCAGAGUCGAGCCACAAGGUGGUGCCAUGUGAAGCAUCAGUGGUUAGGAGGGAUAAUACUAUCAUUGAUAACUCUGAAAAUAACUUUUUUUCUUUAGCCAUUUCUACAAGACUGGUGGCAAAGGCAGAUGUCAUGUAGCCUACCUAGACAGUCAAUAUGUUUAUUCUUCCUUCAAUGCAGCAGUGAGAUCUAACUGUAAGGCAUCUUGUUUGUACAUUGGUAAAUGUACUCAAAUCGAUGCACAUACACACUAUAAAUUGAUGUUUUCAUGUGGAGUAUGAAAAUGAAAAGUGUGAACACUAAAGGAAGUGUCUGACUGGAGUUUAUUGGAUAUCAGGAUUGGUAGCCUUCCAGGGAUUGACAUUAAGGGUUGCCAUAUUGCCUGGGGAAAGUGAACUGAUCAUUCAAGCUACUUGAGCCUGCUGAGGUUGCCCCAUGGGGCUGGUUAUUUUUGUCUGUUUGUGUGCAUGUGUGUGUGUGUGAGAAAACAACCAAACAGCAAAGAAUUCCAGUAGGCAAAAGCUGAUCUUUCCAUUUCCUCCCCAUUGUCUGUCUUUCACUUAUUAAACAAUGUAUUUUGUAACUGAUGUACGAAAUAGAAUAAUUAUUCCAAAAUAGAAAGAAUUCAAUCAAUCUUUCUGAUUCCUAUGUGUAGGUGAAAGGCAGGCAAUAUGUGGCACUUACUUACUGCCUGUAAAUAUAUCAUUUACAUUUUCGGGCAAGUGAUCAUAAUGUUUGGGCAACCAAAAAAAUACUCCUGACUUGCCCAAUGGGCAAGUGCGUUUCAUGCCUCAAUGUCAAUCCCUGGCCUUCUCAGACAGCAUAUCCCUUGAAAUAAUUGUCAAUCAUUUAGAGCUCUUUCGUGUCUGUUUAAGCUUUGUGGUCUACACAUUAAAAUUACAUAUAGGGAUAUUACAGUACACACUUGUUUGUUUAUAUGAGAAGUUAUGUCCAUUUUUAUGAAUAGUCACACUUAGUACAGUUUGUCUCCAAACAUUUUGUGAAAGCUUUCCACCAACUGGUGAAGUACUUUAAAUCUCUUCUGCUUGAUUUGAUGUAAGCAGAAAUUUCUUACAAUUAGUUAAAAUAUUGAGGCAAACUUGGACGUGAACACAGGAAAGAAAAUGUGUGGACCACUUUACAUUAAUCGGCUGGAUGAUUUGAAGAACCAUGUGAGCUCGGAGGACAAUUGUAUAUAUGAACCUGCCAGUUGUACAUGUUGAACAUAUAUGGUUAAAAAUGCUGUACUGUAGAGGGUACACUCACUGUUACCUUAAGGUGUAUGUUUACUGUAUUCUUUGAUAUCUACAUUUUAGUGUACUGGAAAGGUCAAAUAUAUUUCUAGAACGAAUUUGGAUUUUAUGCAAAUUGUUGAUAUGUUUUCCUGGAAAUAACAGCAAUAAAUACAAAAUGCCCCAACA